ACCUGUCGUAGAAUUUGUAAAUUAAAUGCUGUUUUCGGCGAAUGUGAAAUGUGUUUGAAAGGUUUUAAACAAGAAAAUCAUGGUUUUUCUAUGUCCCCGUAAAUUAAAUACCAAGAUAAGUGUACAGUGAAAUGUGAAGAAGGCAUCGUUUGUCGUAGAAGUGCAUAAAUUGGUAUUUGCAAAAUACAAACGAUCGCCGCUAGAGUAGGUAUUUGUAUCUAGAGAACUAAUUGCGAAUAUUAUGUUGUGAGUAUAUUUAACAAAUAGUGAUAUAUAGUUAUAUAAACCUUUUAUGUGACUGUUCAUGGACAUAGAAUGGUCAUAAGCAUCAUAAUAAUUCAUAUUGAUCACUAAAAUACACAACUGCUGAACAACAUGUCUGAGGUAAACUCUGUUAACAUGGAGGAGGAGAAGGAGGCGCCCUCUGAAGUUGUAGAGCAACCAGAGCCCAAACCACUUGAACCCACUGAAGAUGUUGCGGAGGAAACUCCAACCCCAAGUGUUACAAGCGAAGUUGAGUCUGUAUGCACUGAACCACCAUUUUCAAACAACACAUCUGUCAUAGACACAGACACAAGUGAGGAAACAAAAGAUGAUGAACAAAAUAAGAGGUCCAAGAGAGAGCUCAAACUCCUUCUGGCUUUAUCCAAAGAAGCUAACCUCAACACCAACAUAUCCCACAAGCGUAAGUCAUUGGAAAACACCAAGUACAAGGAUAAUUAUGUAAUUAAACUCGGUGAGGGUGGCGAGAAAGCCAAGAAAACCCCCAAACAAAGCCCAGAAGGUAGGGUGAUUAGGUACCCAGUAACAGCAGAGACUGAGUUGGAAGAGGCUGAGGUGGAGCCCAAAGAGGAAACUAAAGUUGAAAAAGACCCCCCUGUCAAAAUAAUUAAGAGGAAAAAGGAGAGUGUGACUGAAGCUGUCACAGGUGGCGCCACCGAAGAAAUCAGUAAGAAAAGCAGGAAGUCAUCCAGCUCAGAAUUAAUAAUGUUCAAACCUGAUAAGGAUAAAUUUUGCUGGAGAUGCCAUAGGGAUAAUGUUAACAUUGCCUGUGAGACAUGUCCAAGGGCUUAUCACCAAAAAUGUCUUAAGCAAACCAUUAACGAUCCAGAACAUUGGCCAUGUCCAGAAUGUGUAGAAAUUUUAAGAGCUGAAAGUACCCAGACAAGGUCUGAGGCAAUGAAAGGAAUGGAUUUGGAGCACCUUUGCAGUCUACUAAAACAUGCAGUUAAAAGAAUGAUUCAAUGCAGUGGUGCUGAACCCUUCAUACAUGCAGUAAAUGAAAAGGACUUCCCUGACUACAAAAGAUACAUAAUACAACCGAUGGACUUGACCUUAUUGGACAAAAAUAUAAAACAAAAUUUGUAUGGCAGCACCCAGGCCUUUGAAGCAGAUGCCAAAUGGAUUCUACACAACAGUAUUAUAUACAACUCAUAUCAAUCCAAGUUGACAUCAGUGGCUAAAAGUAUCGUUAAAAUAUGCAAACAGGAAAUGGCUGAGAUUGAAAAUUGUCCUUCUUGUUAUCUAAACGCAAACACAAAGAAAGACUGGUUUGUGCAGGUCUGUCCCAAGCCACAUUUACUGUUGUGGGCUAAAUUAAAAGGUUUUCCUUAUUGGCCUGCAAAAUUAAUGUGCUCUAACAAUUCUGGCAUGGUUGAUGUCAGAUUUUUUGGGGCACAUGAUAAAGCCUGGGUUUCCUAUAAAGAUUGUUAUCUUUACUCUCUAAAGGACCCCAAUAGUUAUAAGCAAAAAAGAUACGAUAUUGAUCAAUGUACAAAGGAGUUGGAUGUUUACGUAAGAAACUUGAGACGAGUUUUUGGUGAGGUUCGUUUGGCGACAUUCAAGGCUCUUUUGGUGCCGGAAAACGAAGCCGAACAUUUACAAGAACUACUACCAAAAUACAACGUAAACACGAACUACAAAACCCUGAUAAGACAGAUAUAUGAUGAAGGCUCCUCUCAAAACUCUUCGAUGGAGGAAGAUUUGGAAACCGCCAAUAAAAACAACGAUCAUGAUGAAUCGGGCUUGAGCAAAAGUCCAGGUGUAGACUCCACAAUGGAAGGUUACGGCACCGACGAUGAAAGCAAGACGGAGACCACAAGGAGGAGAGGCAUUACAAAAAUGAUUUCCGAUGACACCAUGGAUUCAGAGGAUAUCGACGAUGCGGAAAAAGUUGAAGAGGAGGAGGAGAGUUCUGGUAACAACUCCCCAACAGUAAUGAGGGGUAAACUAAAAGUGUUACCCAGAAGAUCAUCUGAUAUGGUGAGAAAAUAUUCAACAGAUACAGAAUCAUCAUCGUCCAGCAAACUCAAAAGAAGAAACAGCGAGAUAUCCACUAAACCCGUAGACCCAGAAAAACUGGUCGAGACGUCCUCGAACGAAGACAAAAUCGAUAAAGACUCUGUAGUAGUGAAACCAGUCGAAAUUUUGGUCGAUAAUGCAGAAAUCUCCAUAUCGCCAAAAAGUAAACUGCUCAUAACUGACAAGCUAAUGAAAAAACUGUCAGAUUCCGAUCUGGAAAAACUGAAUGCGGACGAUGGAAGCAGUAAAAAGCAGGAUGAAGCAAUGGAAGUUUCUUCCACGUCGGAAAAAGUUGAAGUUGAAGCUGAAGACACCUCCAAAAAAAUGGACGUGGAUGAUGAAAAAGAAGCGAAAGAUGCUGAAAAUAAAAGCACAGAAGAGAAAAGAACUGCAAAUGAGAGUUCUGCGAAAGUGGUGAGUGAGGAUGUACAAAACAUCAUUGAAGAAUUCGAUGAGGAGGACGAUGAUGCCGAUAGCAGUUUCGAUGAUUUACCGUUGGCACAGGCAGUUAAAAAAGCAUCGGAAGAGGUGACAUUCACCAGGAUAAUACCGAGAGAAAUUGAGGUGAAAGAGGUGGAUGCCCCCAAAAAACCUGCAGUGGAAAAAAAUGUCGAAUCAAAUAACAGGAAAACGGAUGAAAUUUCUAAUUCUUUGGAAAUCACCAGAAAAAGAAAGAAAAGCAACGAUGAUACUGCAAGUCACAACAAAAUGGUGAAGUUGGUUUCGAUCGAUAAGAUUCUCGGUAAGAAAAUUACGAGCACCCCGGUUAAAUCAAAUGUUGAGGAGGUUGUUAUAAAAAGUGAGCCGGAAUCUUCAGAAAGCGAUAGCGAAUACAUGGAGAAAAAACGUGAGUAUCUGUCAGCUCUAAAUAUUUCCGAAAGAACUAAUGAUGCCAAAGCAGGAUCUAAACCCCACGAAAUACGAACGCGAUCCAAAACUGAAGAAAAAGCCAACAAACUCAAAGUUGCCGACAGCAACAAGAAGGCACCUCCACCGACGAAUCAGGCGCAAAAAAAGGAGGACGUCGGGGAAAUUUCCGUGAAAUCCUUCGCAAAACUGACCCCGAGCGCAAAACCAAAAUCCAGGAGGUCCCUGCCAAUUGUGAGCAGGUUCAGCUCCCCCGCCAAGGAGGCGCUGCUGAAGAAGCAGCCGCCGCCCCUGACGGAGCUGAGCAGGCCGAACGCCGACAAAAAAAAUCAACAGGGCAAAAGCGGCGGCGGCGUGGUCAGCGUCACGAACAGCGUGUCGCUGAUAAAAUCGACGAAAACUACCGUGCAAAACAGCCCGUCGGCUCACAAGGCUCAAGCGAUAACCACCACUCCGAAAACGUCGACGAGUUUCGAAGCUCUGAGGCCCGGUUUGGUCUUCUUGGCCCCCACUUCCGAGGUGAUGCUGCUGCCCACGAGUUCCGCGCUGACUUACACGAACACAGCAAACCCCAUCCUAAGCUUGAUUCCACCGCCCUUAACGGCGUCCAACCCACUGGUCCAGCCUAGACCGCUGGUCCAAGCAGUACAGCCGGCAGCUAACACCAACAACGGCAAGCCGCCGCAAAAAGAGACGACCGUCCCCAGUCAAAACUUCAUACCGCAAUGCGAGACGAUGGAGCAGGACGCGCCGGCGAGCCAGCCGCCGCAAGCGAACGCGCUGCUCAGCACGCUGCUGGACAAGCGGUCGCAGAUCGAGGUGUCGCGCGCCGAGAUCGGCGCCGACCGCGGCGCUGCGCAGCCGCCCGACGCGCGCCUGAUCGAGCCGCCCUCGGGCGACGCCAACCUGCUGAACGGGUUCUCGCCGCAGACGCUGUCGAGGGCCGUGACGGACCUGAUGAGCAGGCCGCCGCCCAAGUUGCGGCCCCGCCCGCCCGGCGCGCUCAGCUGCGUCUUCGAGGAGGGCAAUCCGAGCAGCGCGGGACCGGUCACCGCCAAAAUCAACUCCAUCGCGCACAGGUUGGGUGAUUAUUUUCGUGGUAUGUUGAUCGAAACGUUGGACAAUCUGGGGCAAUCGAACAACCAAGAGGCCACCAUUACCUCAUUAAAAUUGGAGAUUGAAUCCCUGAAACACAAGCACGAAGUCGAAAUUUCGGAGGUCAAGAAAAACGUUUCCACUGUUUUGGAGGACAUUCAAAGAAGUAUCAUCGAAGAAAGGGACAAAGUUAUAUCUGAAACCAGAGCCGCAUGCGAAGCUGAAACGAUUAAGAGGUUGGAAGAAACCAAAUCCAAGCAAUGGUGUGCCAAUUGUUCGGAAGUAGCCCAGUUCUACUGUUGCUGGAACACCAGCUACUGCGACUACCCGUGCCAACAAAAACACUGGUCUAAGCACAUAAACAAUUGCACGCAGAGUUUCAACCAACCGUCGACCGCCGCGGUCGGGCUGCGGCAGCCAAACCAGCCAAUCGUGUUGAGGCCCACAAACCCGCCCGCCAACAAGCAAAAUGUCGGGCGCAUUAUUACCAGCAAGCCGACGAAAGUGUACAUGAAUAGAGUCGGGGGGAAUCCAAAGGCAAUGCAGGCGUUCAAGCGAAAUGGAAGCCACCUGACUCUGGUGGAAGCUUCUCCCGGUAAUUAUGAGCUGAUAAACAGCAGUGGCGUUCCUAUUACCAUGGGGGGGAAAAUUAUGACCUCGCCGAGUCUUUUAACGAAAAUUAAGUCGGGUUCUGUAAGUUUAACAACAACGAACUCCAGUCCGGGGAGUAAAUCUUCAAUCAAAACAACAAGCUCUUCGAGUAGUGAUAAACCUCAACUAAUAUCUGAUGAUGAAUCGGAUUAAUAAGUAGAUUGUAAGUGUAAUACUUUUUUUUGAAUUUAUAAAUGUUGGUAUAUCUACAUAUGGAAUAAUACUUUUUCAUUUGUAAAUAACGUGUAUUUGUUUAAUCCACCAUUCUAUAUGUAAUUUAUCGAGUAUAUUUUUAAGAUCAGCUUAUUUCAAUUCUAUUAAAUAUCCAAUCUUACAACCUAAGUUAAAUAAUUUCUUUAUGAUUUAUUUUUUAAAUUCCUUUAAUUUUAUGUAUGUAAAACAGUUGUUUUCCUUUUACAAUAAUUGUAUAUAAAGUAGACUUAAAAGAGCCCUGUAGAUCUGACAGUUUAUGUGGUUUUGACUGAAAGUUAUAUUAUUCAUUAAUAUUGAUAAUAUACACAAUAUCCAACUUUAUUUGCCCAUUUUUUUUACCAAGUCCAUUUCUUGUACAUUUAUUUUGCAA